UAUGAUAUGGAGGAGAAAAGCAAAACAUGAGUAAUACGAUACGAGGUUCCAAGCCCAUCAAAAGUCACACACCGGUAGAGGGUGGAAACUUAUGAAGUUCAGAGUGCACUGCCACAGAGUGAGGAUGUUUUUUUUACUGAAGAGUCCGUGCAGUCAGUCACCCUGUUAGAUGUGCAGCAGAGAGAGUUGCUUACAGUCGACGAGGGCCAGAUUGUUGUUCACAGUGACAGGUGACAGGGAAGGAUGUUAUGAGAUGCACGCUGCCAUCGUGUGACGAGCAUGUGUUGUAUGUUUAGGUAGAGCAGAGCAGUCACUGUCUCGUUCUGUUUGGCUUACAGUGUCUUGUCACAUUUACCCUGAUUGUUGUGCACUGCAAAGUGAGAUCAGGGGAGCUUCAGUUUCACGACAAAACUGAGAACUUUCAAGAUGAACGUUUACUGGAUACCCACGAUCCUCCUCUCCCUCUCCAGUGCUGCCAAAAUGAUAAGCUCAAACAACUGUAAAGACAAGCUCAGAACGUUCAAUGUGGUCCAUGUGUUUGUCAACGGCACUGCAUCUGUCAGCUGCCCCAACCUGACAGGCAAAGAUCAGGAGGAGAUGAGAUUCCACCUAUACCUGGGCUUGGUCGAGGUUGGCAACCACACUCACGACAAUGGUCACAACCACAACUCCACAGAGACAGUGAGUCCUGUUGGGGAGGGUCUGGGGCUGAGGGUGAACGAACAGGACCAUACGGUCAGUUUUGUCCUCUCUGGAAUGACCACGGAGCGCGCUGGAGUCUAUACCUGUGAGGGGUACCCCAUGUACCCACCUCCCAUUGUGAAAGUACCAGACGAGCCUCAGACCUUGGUCCUGGUUGAAGCUCUCCAGUGCCAGGCAAGGAAGCCUGUGGGAUGUGUAGGCUCUGCUUGGACAUGGGUACUGGGGUUCUGGGUCACCAUCAUCUAUGGCCUGGCUGUCACUGUCAUCGCCUUUGCCAUCCGGCUCAGACUGAGGAGAGUGGAGUGUUCCCAGAGCGACGACAUGAACAUCAAACCCAAAGCUCCACUCAGGGGGCACAGGAAGAAGCAGGGGGUCCAGCAUCCAAUCCGAAUGGGACGAUACUGAUCACUGUCAUCCUCAGAUCAGACAUCCUCAUACAAAAGACACGAGUUGAGCCUUUAUUGGCCCUUGAGAGCUGACUGGGGAAACAGACCAAGUUCUUGAUGGAAACAUGAAAGCUAGCUCUUCAAAUGACGAGGUGCACAUCUAAUUGUGCAUCUGAUUGCGUGUAAAUAAAGAUUUGAGUUAUCUUAUAAAUGUUUAUCAAAUAUUUAUAGUCUGAUGUAAUAUAAGUCGCUCUGGAUAAGAGCGUCUGCUAAAUUACUUAAAUGUAAAUGUAAAUGUAAAUGUAAAUAUGAUCGUCUGGGAAACUAUGGAGAAUGGACUCUUGAUGUUGUGGGCAGUAUACUAUAUAAAACAAUAUCCCCUUGCAUACUGAACGAACACACACACCCACACACACAAUUGGGUUAAGCGUACAGCCACAGGGAUAUCAUAUUUGAUUUGUAGUGGGUAUGUAGUGAAGAGGAAGACCCUAGCUCUGUGGUGAAUGGGUCAUACAGGAAACAGUGGUUUCCGAAUUUGAGGGGACUGAACCACAUUUUCACACACUCUCUCUGAGAGGCACUGAUUGUCAUGCAUGUUUCAUUGAAACUGACAAAUUGACACUGAACUACAGUAACAAAGUUUUCCCAUUACAAAUUGCUGCUUGUCCUUGUAAUGGGAAUACUUUGUUACUGUAGUUAAGUAGUUUUUUAAAAUCAAAUCAAGCUGGUGCUUCAAAUCGAGCAUUCUCGAACAUCUUACAACUUGUCCUUUGAAGGAUAACUUAAGUAACUCAGCCACAAGGAAAUGUUGAAAUACAAAAAAACUGCUGUAAUGACUAAAAUGAAAAAACAUACCUAGCAUAAUUUCCUGUCUACUGUGUCCUUGGAGGCUUGUGUUUUGUGCCAUUGUGCACUAGAGUAUGCAUAAGAGGGACGGCACCUUGACGUUGCACACCUUGCAGUUUCUAUGUAGUUAGGGCAAACGCAUUAAACCAGCAGACUAUAAGGGCUGCACAGGUUUCAUGUCCCAAAUGGAACCCUUUUCGCUUUAUAGUGCACUACUUUUACAUGAUGUAUUACACAUACUGUAUGCAUUCCUGCAUUCGUGAAGGUAUCAGACCCCUUGACUUUUUCCAAAUGUUAUGUUACAGCCUUUUUCUAAAAUGUAUUAAAUUGUUUUUUUUUUCUCCUCA